GCGUUGCCAGGGCAGCGGCGGCGGCAGGAGCGGCUCCCGCCGCCAUGAGCAGGAAGAGGCUCCUGGCGGAAUCGCUGAGCCGAUCCACCAAGCACUUUAGCGAAGGCGAAGUGGAAUGUCUGAUCAAGCUCUUCGACGCGCUGCUGGCCAGGUCCUGCAGCCAGUUCGCUGUGUCCGGCUUCAACCGCAUCGCGUUCAGAGACACCCUGUUCGCCGCCUUUGGCAUGACGGACGACGUGGUCCUGGACCGAGUGUUCAGCACUUUUGAUAGAAGCAACAGUGGCUGCAUCACUGUGGUGGAGUGGGUGGAAGGAUUAGCAAUAUUACUUCGGGGGACAUUGGAAGAGAAGAUUAAAUACUGUUUUGCGGUUUAUGACCUGAAUGGUGAUGGAUACAUUUCAAGAGAGGAAAUGUUUCAAAUGCUGAAGGACACUCUUAUCAAACAACCAACAGAUGAAGACCCUGAUGAGGCAAUUAAGGACUUGAUAGAGAUAGUACUGAAGAAAAUGGACUAUGAUCAUGAUGGCAAGCUUUCUUUUGCGGACUUUGAACAAGCAGUCAAAGAUGAAAAUCUUCUCUUAGAAGCCUUUGGACCAUGUUUGCCAGACAUAAAGAGCAGGAUUGCAUUUGAAGAGAGAGUUUUCCCGGACACUCGUAAACUGUAACUCCAUUGUUGAAUACUGUUGUGAAGGGUGUUUUUCUUCACCAUUCUUCAUGAUACAGUAAAAAUAGCAGCAACUUGAAA